UUUGGUCUCUUACAGCUUAUCCAGGUUCCUACAAAGGUGGGGCUUUUGUCUAUCCAUUCACUCGUCAAGGAACACAGCAUUCAAACUAGUAAUGCCUCUGUGUCUGUUUUGGAUGAAGAAACAGAAUCUGAUGAAGACAGCGAAGAUGAAAUAGAUGUGGCUGCAUAUGAUAAGGAGGAUCUUGUGCAUAUAGUUGAAGCUGUGCAACAGCUUCUGCUGAAGGAACGUCGGGAGAAGCUUCAGCUGGAGGUGCGUCUCCGUGAUGAAAUCUGCAAUGAGAUGAUGACACACCUACAACAGAGAGAUCAGUGGAGCAGUGACCAUAUGGAUUCCCAAAAGGAGUUGUUAGAGGAGCUUUAUGAAGACAAACUGAAUAAUCUGAAGGUGUUACUGACAGACUACUAUCUGGAGGAAAUUGAGAAUCGGGAUGACAAGAUCAAAGAGCUGGAAGUUGCCUUGCAGGAGGCAAAACAAGAAAAUUCCAAAGCAGACAAGAGACAAGAUAUGGAAGAACCUUCUCGUAGAUCCACACGAAUCACAUCUAUGCAGCACGAAUUGCAGGAGGUGAAAUAUACACUAGAGAAGUGCCAGGCAGAGCUGAGUACAUCUACCAAAGAACUGCUUAAGUAUCGAAAAAUGUUGGAGCCUCCACCUUCAGCAAGGCCCAUUGCUGCUGAUUUAGACCGGAAACUAGGAGAAGGUCAAAAGAACGUGAGGAUGCUACGUUCAGAGCUGCUGAAUCUUGGUGAGCUGUUCCAGUCAGCCGAAAGAGCAUGUUGUCACCGCACAAGUGCUGGGAAACUCCGCGAAGCCCUCAAUAAGUGUGACAGUAUCCUGGUCAAGCAGGACCAGACCUUGGCUGAACUUCAGAAUAACAUGAUACUGGUGAAGCUGGAUAUGCGGAGGAAAGCUGCCUGUAUUGCAGAGCAAUAUCAGACUGUACAGAAGCUCCAGGCUGCAGCACACGUGGCGGCACCUGCUUCUAUGAAAAAACGCUUCUCUGCAAAUAAUGAAAACUUGCAGCCCAAGAGUCAGCCUCCCAUCAAGAAGCCAUUCUUGCACAACUUCCUCACUCGGACAGUGGCUCAGCCUGCAGCGACGGAGAGCCCUUAUACUCGCAUCUUACGUGCCCGAGGAACUCCAGAGUUUAAACCAAUGCCCUUUAGCAAAAAAUACUGAAUGCUUUGAACCCAGGCCUUGUCAGGCAGGGCAGCCAAUUAGUGCCUUUACCAUCAGUGAGUUGGCUCCACAUACAGGAAAGCUUUUAAGAGUUUAAAAGAGGAUUGUGACCAAGUGCCUUAAACAGGUCGGCCUCAAGUACAAUUACCUUUGGAUCCAAUUAAUGUAUAUGAAUUAUACUAUAUUUAGUGAGAUACGGCCUGAGAGGUUUUUUUAAAACACCUUUGGCUUCCCAAAGAUGAUUACUAUGCAUGUUUUUUCUUCCAGGCCAGCUGCUAUUCCAGUGGUUAUGUAACCUAGAUUUAUGUUAUGUCUGUUUUAUUUUUGUUUUAAAAAAAUGUUACACAGCAUGCAGAACCACAUAUAUUUUUAUCUAUGUUAAACAGA